AGUGUAGCCCCAUCAGUGCCACCUGUCAGUGUCCAUAAAUGCCACCUGCCAGUGCCCAUCAAUGCCACCUGCCACUGCCUUUCAGUGCCAACUAUCAGUGCCAGUCAGUGCCACCUAUCAGUGCCAGUCAGUGCUGCCUAUCAGUGCUGCCAAUCAGUGCCACAUAUCAGUGCCACCUAUCAGUACCCGUCAGUGCCGCCUAACAGUGCCAGUCAGUGCUGCCUAUCAGUGCCCAUCAGUGCUGCCUAUCAGUGCCAUAUAUGAG